AUGGUUAUCCUAAGAUCUUCGGUCUUUAUCCUCCUUUUGUCCCUCGUGACAAUUUCACUUGGAAACCCCGUACCCUGUACUCAUACUACUACCCAUCCCGCCACUACUCAUAAAAGUACUCCAACACCCACUUGUACUGAAAAAAAAUUACCUCCACCACCACCACCUAAGAAAAUUGCUAAUCCAAAAUCUACACUUGCAACCAUUCUUGAAAAUGCCGUAUAUUUCACAAACGUCUCAGAUUCCUUACCAACAGAUUCUUUCCCUGGUCUUAUGGCUCAAAUUACUGGUGGUAAACCUGCAACCACUGGUGUUUGGUAUGAUAAUUCUUGGGAUGGAACUUACUUUAAACCUGGAUCAAAUUGCACUGGUGACCCUGGUUUAAAUGUUCUCUGGGAUGAAUCUCUUGAUUUAGACCAGAAUAAACUUAACACGACCAUUAAUCAAACUGCUCUCCCAGAACGACUUGAUAAAGAUGGUUGCUGUGUAAAAGUUCAACCAUGGGAUUUCCUUCGUGUUAAUACUAUUUUUGAGGUUGCUAAGAAUCAUAGUCUUACAACUGCUUGGGUUGAUAAAUUACCUGCAUAUUCAAUCGUUAAUGGUCCAUCUGGAAAGGGUGUUGAUGAUUUCUGGGGACCAGAAAUUGCUAGUAUCAAUAAAACCGACGUUACACAAGUUGAACAAUAUGAUAAUAAUCAUACUGUAGCCAUAUUAAAUUGGAUAAAUGGUAGAAGAGCUAAUGGUACAAGUUUCAAGGUUCCCAAUAUUUUCGGUGGUAAUUUCCAGACUGUUAGCGUUGCCCAAAAAUCACCUGAUGGUGGUUAUAAGGAUGGUGAUGCUACUCCAUCUGACGUCCUUAAAGGUGCUUUUAAAUAUGUUGAUGGAAUUCUUAAAAAAUUCCUCGACGAAUUAACAAAAAAAAAUUUGUUAGAUGACACAAUCAUCAUAAUUUCAGCAAAACAUGGUCAAUCUCCUAUUAAUAGAACAUUACUUCAUAGAAUUGAUGAUUCAAAUUUAACUUCCCAAGUCGGUGCUGACAAAAUUAAUCAGUUAACUGAUGAUGAUGUUGCACUAUUUUGGUUGAAAGAUCAUAACGAUUCAUCAGCUGCAGCAGAUAGCCUUAGGAAUAACGCUUCAGAUCUCGGUAUUGCAACAGUAUACGAAGGAGAUAGCCUCAAGGAAGAAUUUGGCUGUUGUCCAACUGAAGAUACUCGAUGUCCCGAUAUUGCUAUUAAAGUCACCCCUGGUGUUAUUUACUCCCUUUCAACAAAAAAGAUUGCUGAACAUGGUGGCUUCAACGAAGAUGAUUAUCACGUUCCAAUUAUAGUUUAUAACCCCAAGAUUAAAAGAAAAGAGGUUUGUGAUAAGUUCGAAACUCGCUCAAUUGCACCUUUUAUUCUUUCCGUUCUUGGAAUAGAUGAAAAAGAGUUGGAAGCUGUCGUUAAAGAUAAUACACCCACUCUUCCUGUUUUUGAUAAAUAA